CGGGUGCAGUCACUCACACAACCCAGCUCAGUGAUCUGGAUCUUACACCGGGUUGCUCCAGACCGGGUUUAUGAGCUCAGUCUGCAGCAAAAUUCAGGGAAAACUCGCUCCCCGUCCAUCUCCAUCCCCGCCCCCUCUCUGUCUCUCUCUGCCCCUCCCCAAGGGACAGCAUUCUGUGGGUCUUCACCCUCCCGUCCAGGGUUCAAGUUCAAAUCCCCUGCUCAAGUUGUGUUUCUUCUUCAAUAUAUGCACGUUUGAAUAUAUGGAGGAUCAAGUGUAAAGUAACCAUUGUUUGUACUGAAAUUCAUCGGGAAAUCGAUCAACUGAACGUGUUUACCUGCGCAGGAACCUGAGAGCGGUUUAAAUCAGGAAGCGCUAAGGUUAAUUAUGGCUUCCAGUCGGAAACUUCUCAGACUGACCGAGAGACAGUUUGUUCCACUGUCACUGGUUUCACUGGAUUGUGGACACAACUUCUGCCGCUCCUGUAUCACCCAGAGUUGGGAAAAGAAGGAGAUAAACUCCUGCCCGGAAUGUAGAGAGGAGUUUCCGGAAAGAAACCUCAGGGUAAAUCGGGCCUUAGCGAAUCUGGCCGAGGAGGCUCGAAAAUUAAAGCUGGAUCCGACAGAGAAGGAAAGUAAACCUCACUGUGAGGAACCUCAGAGAGAACUGGAGCUGUUUUGUGAAACUGACAGGAAAUUGAUCUGUCUGAUUUGUAGAGAUUCCCGGGAACACAAAACUCACAACUUCCUGCCGAGAAAUGAGGCUGUUGAAAUCCACAAGCUGAAAUCUUCUUUAGAUUCUCUCACAAAGAAGAAAUCGGCGGCUCUACAAACGGAACUGACCCAGAAACGGAAGAUUUCCGAAGUGAGGGAACAGGCGAGCAGUCUGCAGACCCACAUCACAUCCGAGUUCACUAAAAUGCACCAGAUUCUCACUGAGAAAGAGCAGCGUUUACUCAGAGAUCUCAGGGAAGAAGAGGAGAGGAUUGUAGAACCAAUGGAGAAAAACCCUCGAGAGAUUCACGAGAAUUUAAAUUCUAUUGAGCAAAAACUCUCAAAGUUGCCGAGUCAGAUGGAGCAGAAAGAUGAGCUGAUAUUUCUGAAGGAGGCAGCUUGUCGGAAGAGAAGGAUUAGUGAUGAGGUGAAGACACUCUCAGCUGCUGAUGGCUCUCUGUCUUUCACACAGUUCACUGGCCCUUUACAGUACACAGUCUGGAGAGAAAUGAUACACACCAUUCAUCAAGGCAUGGAUGUCCUGAGAUAUGGUACAUUUGGGGAAACCGAGCAGAGGCUACAGCAACGGAUGAAUGGGCACCGCACAACAGCCAACAGACAGGAGUGUUCCCUCCCAGUUGGAGAACACUUCAGCAGUCCAGACAUUUGGCCUUGCACCUUCGGGUGACCAUCCUCCAAGGUGGACUUUGGGACAGGCAGCAGUGAAAAGUGGCCAAGCAAAGGCUGAUAGCUAAGUUUAGUACUCAUAGGGAGGGCCUCAACCGGAACUUUGGGUUCAUAUCACACUACAGGUGAUCCCAUUGCACUAUACACACACAUGCAGACACGCCUACAGACACACACACACACACACACACACACACACACACACACACACACACUCCCAGACGUGUACAUGCACCCUCUCACAGACUUACACCACUUUACAUUCACACACACAAGCAUACACUCUAUCUCAUAGACACUCACAACCUCCCCACACCCACACACACACACCCACAUGCACACAUACACAUAUACGUUUGUGGGGUGAAUUUGUACUUGCAGAGUUACAUUGUACUUUGCUCAAAAACUGCAUGAAUCCAUGUAAGAUACCGUUAAUUCAUUUUUUAGAUUAGAAUCAGUCUAAACGUUAUAGCACAGUCAGCAGCACAAAGAGGUGCUAACACCCAAUACAUUAUCUGGGCUGAUGCCAGUUGUUAAAGUUCACUUUGAGAGAAAAAAAAAAUGCAAUUUCCAUAUGAAAGGAGUGAUUCUGACAUGGUCAUUCUAACAGACGAGAGACUUAACAAACAAUCAAGGUAUUUUUCAAUGUAUAAUUUCAGUUACAUCACACUGUAAAAUUUUGCUAUACAUUCUGUGUCUUACAAUUGUGCACUCCACAGCCACCUGAGAAAGGAGCAGUGCUCUGAAAGCUAGUGUUUCCAAUUAAACCUGUUGAUGUGA